AUGACGACCGCAACGACCGCGUCCAGCUCCCCACCCUCGAGCUCGGCGUCAUUUUCGGCAUCCACCUCCCCGGCUGCCUCGACGCUAGUCGACCUCGACUCCACCGACAGCGGCGGUCUGGGACUCGGCAACGUCUCUUCGGCGGGUGCUGCGGCUGGCCUGCGUCUUCGCCUCAACGCGCCAGGCGUCGACGACUACUCUGAAGACCUCUCGCCCGCCCAGUCCGACGUCUCCACCGCCGUCUCCCCGGCUCCCUCGCUCCUCCGUCUCGACGCCCUGCACUCCCCGGACGCACAGUACAAACCGCUCGGCUUCCUCUCUGGCAGCUCGCGCAACUCGGCGGCAGACUCGUUGACCACAAAGACAAAGACAAAGUCCAAGUCAAAGGACAAGAAGCGGCUCAAGAGCCCCAUCCUCGACGCGCUCAAGCUGCCCCCACUCAGCGAAAUCAGCAUCCCACGGCCCGUCCAGAUCAAGUUUGCGCCUCUCCACAUCCCACCCCACCGUCGCUGGCAGACCGCUGCCGUCGCCAUCUGGGCGCUUCUCAUGCCCAUCUGCGUCAUCAUCUUCUUCUUCCUUGUCUCUCUUCCAUUCCUGUGGCCCAUCAUCAUCCCAUACGUCAUCUGGAUCAACUGGGUCGACAAGGCCUAUCUCCACGGAGGAAGGCCAAGGAAGUGGGCGCGCAACUUUGUUGGAUGGAAGUACUUUGCUCAAUACUACCCGUGCAGUAUUGUCAAGGAGGCAGAGCUGCCUCCCGACAAGCGCUACGUGUUUGGGUACCACCCGCACGGCAUCAUCGGGAUGGGAGCGUUGGCGACAUUUGCUACUGAAGCGACGGGCUUUGGAGAGUACUACCCAGGAAUCAAACCCCACCUCCUGACUCUUGAUUCCAACUUUAAGAUCCCGAUCUAUCGCGACCUCCUCAUGGCGCUGGGAAUGGGCUCCGUCGCACGUCGCUCGUGCACCAACAUUCUUGCCCAGGGCCCCGGCAGUGCCAUCACCAUCGUCGUGGGCGGUGCCGCCGAGUCCCUCGCUGCCCACCCGGGCACCCACGACCUGACCCUCAAGAAGCGCUUUGGGUUUAUCAAGGUGGCCAUCCGUGAGGGUGCCGACCUCGUGCCAGUGUUCUCGUUUGGCGAGAACGAUAUUUAUGACCAACUUGCCAACGAGAAGGGCUCGACUGUGUACAAGCUCCAAAAGCGCUUCCAGAAGGUGUUUGGGUUUACUCUCCCUCUCUUCCAUGGCCGAGGCAUCUUCAACUACAACUACGGUCUUUUGCCCUUCCGCCACCCCAUCGUUGCCGUCAUCGGCAGGCCCAUUGCCACCGAGCAGUGCCGCGAACCCACCCAGGAAAUGGUCCAGGAGGUGCACCAGCAAUACAUCACCGAGCUGGUGCGUAUCUGGGACAAGUACAAGGACCUGUACGCCCAGAACCGUACGCGCGAGCUGCGUGUGGUCGAGUAG